AUGAGAUUCGUCACGCCAGCGCUGGCGCUGAUCGAGGAGAAAGCCAGACUCAGACUGCGGCAGUUGUGGAGUCAGCAGAAGAUUCCGCUCGGAUUCGUGCACCCCGACUCCCAGCCGCAUCGGCCGAUUCCCGCGGUCGUGUUCCUGGUCUUCUGGAAGAAGUGCUCGGAGACUUCCAGGGCGAGCUGGACGAUUUUCGGCCAGUUAAAACGCGGUUUGGGCAUCGCAGAGUUGCAAGCACUGGGUGAUGUUAACGGCGAUGGGCGCUUGACUGCCGUGGAAUUGGGAAAGGUGUUUGCCGCUGUUGGAAUCAACGCAGAUGAGGAGCUCGUGUACGAAGUGUGGAGACACAUUGACACCAACCACAACGGUCAGGUCAGCUUGUUCGAACUUUUCCAAGCAAUGAAGCCAUCCACCACAGAGGUGCUGACAGCUCUGAGCCAUGUGAAGUACCGCAGGCAUGCGUCUCUGUCUACCUUGUUCCGUCCGUAUGACUCUAAUGGAGAUGACAAGUUGACCCCUGCUGAAUUCCAUCGAAUGCUGAACGAUCUCGGUUUCGAGCUGGACGACGAAGGUGUGCGGGACCUGCUUCAAGUGAUCGUCCGGGAUCGAGAUGGAGGCAAUCUGCUGUCCCUGCGAGAUCUGACUCUGGCCUUGGAGUCUUUGGAGCGUCAAGCAGGUCGGCCGGAUCUACGAAUGGGCGGAUCUUCCAAAGCCAGCGCUGUGGAGUCGACGCUCCCGAGGUCUCCUGACAGACUGGUGAUGGACAGUCCCAAGAGGUCACCAGAGCGACCGAUGACUGCCCCGCCGCCUGGAACGGAAGCAGUUCCAUCGCAGGAGAGCCAGGCUCAGAAGGCAUCCAAGUUGGCGGAGCUGCAAAACCCGGUGGUCCCGUUCAAGCACGCUAUCAAGCGCCUAGACCCGUGCGGCCUGCCUUUAGGUGCACAGGCGUGGGAAAGUCUGAAUCGAAUUUUCUACAGACUGGCACAACAAAGCAAGGAGGUCUCGACAAAGGAGCUUAUUCUGGCUAUUCGUAGCGAUGUGCGCAUAAAAACCGAGGGUUUGCUGCAUCGACCGGUGAUUGCCACGGACGACGGUGGUCCUGCAGUCUCCUUGGACGAAGCGCUUCACCAAGUUGAAACACAAGUGCUUGACGGGAUCGGUCAUUUGGAGAUGGUGUCCUGGGAUAGGUGGCUGGCGCAGGACUGCUGCUGCAACGAAGAAAUGCUGUACCGGCUGUAUGAGAAGUUUACAUAUUGCUGUGGAGGCGACCUGGUGCAUGUACCACGUGAGCGAUUUUUGCAGGCAGUACAGAACAGUGAAAACCUCUAUGCCGCGCUGACGACGACACCUCUGUUGUCAGGGCGUCCUGUGGUGGUGAAACCGAUGAACUGGGGCGAUGUUCUUUGGCAGCUUUCCCGCAGAGAAGCCUCGCUUCUAUCUUGGUCGGACAUUGUGGCGACAGUGUGCUGGUGUCGAGCCUGGAGCCUUGGAUUGUCAGAAUCCGAGACAUUGCAUGUAUCGCCUCGGGUUCGACCCAGCUCCGCAUCAGCAGCCAAAGCCCGUGUAGAGGCGUUGCUUCAGAAUCGGGCCGCUGAUGCAACCGACAACAGAGCCAAGCCUUCGCCCUUGCAGCCUUCAUUUGCCGUGCCGCAGAUCACGCGCAUGCAAGACAUGCAAAGCCGCUCUCCACUGGAGACGGUCAGCAGAAGGCUUGCGGAAGCCUCGGGCUCGGGCUUUGAGACUCGGACACAGCGAUCGAAGCAUCCGUGGCUAGACGACUCGGACGACGACGUUCCAUCGCGUGUCUCGGUGUCACGAGUUCCGGCACCGGAAGUUCCGCGGCUCUCUAACGAGGCAAGCCAUAGCCGCCAUAGCCACGGCAAAAGCCAGGGCCAAGCACCCGUAGCUUUGCGGCUGCAGAUGCCCGAAGGAAGGCCACCACCAGAUCCAAAGGAACUCCAAAGGUGCGUGCAGGGAGGGACAUAG